GUAAGUGCGGCACGGUGAGACUAAGUUGGUUUAUUACGGCGGUUGCCUGUGCAGAAGUUAGAGACGAAGAUGUCAACUAAGAAGCACCAGAACUUCGUGUCCAAGCCGAUGGAAGACAAGGCGGUGACUGAUAUGCCGGGGAUCAGAGGUGCUCUGGGCAAGAGGCUGCAGAAACAGGGCUUUGACAAGGCAUACAUGCUGCUCGGUAAGUUUGUGGCGCACAAGAAAAACACCGAGAAGUUUGCCAAGUGGCUGAGAGAAACCUUCGGCGCCAGCGCCCAGCAGGCCGACAUCUGCACCCGGAGUCUGCAGGAGUGGUGCGAGAUCUUCCUGAGCACGCCCACUUCCUGCCUGGACACGACCACUUCCCGCCCGGACACGCCCACUUCCUGCCUGGACACGCCCACUUCCUGGUGAAACUCCUGAAUGCUGUGGCUGAGU